ACGGCAUUUUAAUCGUCUACUCUUUGACGUUUUGAAGGUAUGUGCGUUUUGAAGCACGAGAUUGAACGCGCGGGCGGAGUUCUUCCUGUUCACAAUCUUAGCAACGUGGUAGGCGGUGAACAGGGUGACUAGGAUCGAGUGCACCCGUAGUAGCCGUUCUGGAGCAGAGAAUAAAAGACGUUUGGCGCGGCCGGAGGACGAGCUGUCGACCACAGAGGUAGAGGAGCCGAGGGCAGAGCCGCGGUUCGGCUUCUUUCGAGUAUUGUCUUUUGGAGAGAGUAUACAGAGACACUCGUACAUUCACUCAUAGGAAGUCGGUGCGGCACAAUUGUGACUUCCCUUCACUCUCAAGUCAGCCGCCUGUCGAAGCUUGCCCCGUGCAGGCAGACGGACAUUCGUCGAAAAUGCCCCCUAUUGAAAGUGACACCGGGAAGAAUGAACUCAAGUCUCGGAUACAGCAACUCAUCGACUCCAACCAAGUGAUGGUUUUCAGCAAAAGCUACUGCCCGUAUUGUAUCAAGGUGAAAGACCUGUUCACGGAGCUGAGAGUGAACUGUAACGUGGUGGAGCUGGACCUCUUGGAUGAUGGAACUAGCUACCAGGAGAUGCUGCUUGAGAUGACUGGACAGAAAACUGUUCCCAAUGUAUUCAUCAACAAGAAACACGUUGGUGGCUGUGACAACACGAUGCAGGCUCAUAAAGAUGGCCGCCUACAGCAGCUACUGAGCGCUGAAAAUGAGUCCUAUGACUAUGACCUGAUCGUCAUCGGAGGAGGAUCCGGGGGUCUGGCCUGCUCAAAGGAAGCUGCUUUAUUAGGGAAGAAGGUCAUGGUGCUGGACUAUGUUGUGCCCACACCCAAAGGAACCACCUGGGGUCUUGGUGGAACUUGUGUGAACGUGGGCUGCAUUCCCAAGAAGCUGAUGCACCAGACGGCCAUGUUGGGCACAGCCAUGCAGGACGCGCGCAAGUUCGGCUGGGAGUUUGAUGAGAAGGUGAAGCACAACUGGGAGACGAUGAGGACGGCAGUGAACAACUACAUUGGCUCGUUGAACUGGGGCUACAGGGUGGCACUGAGAGACAAGAAUGUCAACUAUGUCAAUGCCUAUGCAGAGUUCACUGAACCACACACAAUAAAGGCGACAAACAAACGAGGGAAGGAGACCUUCUACACUGCAGCUAAUUUUAUAUUAGCUACAGGGGAGAGGCCGCGCUACCUGGGCAUCCCUGGAGACAAGGAGUACUGCAUCACCAGCGACGACCUCUUUUCGUUGCCUUACUGCCCGGGGAAGACCUUGGUGAUCGGGGCGUCAUACGUGGCUCUGGAGUGCGGUGGCUUCCUGGCCGGCCUGGGUCUCGACGUCACCGUCAUGGUCCGGUCCAUUCUGCUGAGGGGCUUUGACCAGGAGAUGGCCAACCGUGCCGGAGAGCACAUGGAAGAACACGGUGUCAAGUUCCUCCGCAAAUAUGUCCCUGUGAAGGUAGAGGAGCUGGAAGCAGGCACUCCUGGCAGGCUGAGGGUGACAGCUAAGUCCACAGAAACUGAUGAGAUCAUCGAGGGAGAGUACAACACUGUGUUGAUAGCAGUGGGCCGAGAUGCAUGCACAGACAAGGUUGGUCUGGAUAAGGCAGGUGUCAAGGUCAACUCCAAGAAUGGAAAAAUUCCAGUGAACGAUGAAGAGCAGACAAAUGUGUCCCACAUCUACGCCAUUGGAGACAUUCUGGAAGGCAAGUGGGAGCUGACGCCGGUCGCUAUCCAGGCUGGCAAGCUGUUAGCGCGACGCCUCUAUGCGAGAUCAACGCUCAAGUGUGACUACAUCAACGUUCCCACGACUGUUUUCACCCCACUGGAGUAUGGCUCCUGCGGUCUGUCAGAAGACAGAGCGACUGAGCUCUACGGGCAGGACAACAUUGAGGUGUACCACACUCUGUUCUGGCCUCUUGAGUUCACUGUGCCCGGCAGGGACAACAACCGGUGCUAUGCCAAGAUCAUCUGCAACAAGCUGGACAAUGACCGAGUCAUCGGGUUCCACUACCUGGGCCCCAACGCAGGUGAGGUGACACAGGGCUUCGGUACAGCCAUGAAAUGCAGAGUCACCAAGGAGCAGCUGGACGGCACUAUUGGCAUUCACCCGACCUGUGCUGAGGUCUUUACCACCUUGGAGGUGACCAAGAGCUCCGGCGGAGACAUCGCCAAUGCCGGCUGCUGAGGUUAAACCCUGCUUGUUUAGCGGGCUGCUCUCACAUUAGACUCUUCCCUCUCAUCGAACUUCAAGCUAGGCCUCAGCUCCUUUCGCUCACUUUAACGGGCAGUUGUUUCUCAGGACAAAGCUUACACCGUUGCCAGCGACCGAAUCAGUGGAAAUGCUCAUUUGUGUUCGCUAGGAGCUAAGAGGUGGCUGUGAGAAGCCAGAGCCUAGACUCUGGCUCUGUAGGUUUGAUGUAAGGGCAGCCUGCUGAACAGCGGGGUUACUCUGCUGAUAUUUCUACUGGGCUCCACCAGUGUGACUUUCUCAGAGGGAGCAACAACACACACUACCUCUGUGUAUGUGUGUUUGGGCUGUUUGUGACGUCCUGGCCCGUAACCCAAACUUUUGAGGUGGGCAAGGAUCGAUGUCCCUCUGUAGAAGCACCUGAUGGUUGCCCGAACCCUUCGUCCAACCCCCGACUUAAAAAAACUCGUCAUUCACUCCCCAGUAUACACAUGGUAUUCAGGCUGAAACCGACCUCCGUAGAACAGAUGAACAAGCGGCACACAGAGGGUUUGAACAGCUGCACGGCUCCGACCUCUGCUGCAGCUCGUGAUUUGAAACUUCAUUAUUUCAUCUGGUGUGUGUGUACAUGUGUAGACUAAAUGCUGACCAUUGUUCCACACAUUCCUCUGACCAGGUUUUUAAUAUAAAGUUGAGGUCUUUACAUGUUGCUCUCAAUAUCUGUGUCUUUGUUUGGAGACACCUGGGUAUUAAAGAGAACAUUUAUCUCGGUCACUUGUUUAUCUAAAACCGGUCUGCACAGGGAUCAAGAGCCAGCAGGUGUAGACACGUUUCAAACCUCCGCUGUGCUGCAUCAUUACACUUUCAGAUAGAGUGGAAAAUACACCUGAAUCUUGUUUCAACACAAAAAACAAAACAUUUUCUCAAAUUUGUACUCUUUUAUUAAUUUAAUUCUUGUUUGUUGCAUUUCGCUGUUUACCUUUGCAUUAUGUGUAUGUAAAAGAUAUAGUCAUUCUAAUAGAGGACAGUAUUCUGACUGCUCUCAGUGACUUUGUUCAUCUAUAUAAACAACCUGUUUGUUGGCGUCAAACCACUGUAGAUUACUUCUGUCACGAUUUAAUAAAGGAAGAUUUCACCUUCA